CACGCACACUCUUAUCAUUCCCGCAUCCCGUCAGGUUCAGAGAUGAUCUGAGGAGUCCCUCUGCUCUCUGCUCUCACUCCUCGCUCGGAAGACAAACCUGAAACAUGGAGUUGCCCAAAUUUCUGCUGUUUCUCGCAGUGAGCGCCUUAACAAUAAAAGACUCUUUUCAAGGACCAAACCAGCAAAGACUGUACAAUAACCUGAUGCAGCAGUACAACCCGCUCGUGAGACCAGUUCAAAAUGAUUCUCAGACGCUCACUGUGAACUUCGGCCUCACUCUGUUGCAGAUCAUGGACGUGGAUGAGAAGAACCAAGUUUUGACCACCAACAUUUGGCUACAAAUGGAAUGGAACGAUAAUUACCUGCAGUGGGAUCCAGCAGACUAUCCAGGUGUGAACAAUGUGAGGUUUCCCGACGAUCGCAUUUGGAAGCCAGACAUUCUGCUGUACAACAGUGCAGACGAAAGAUUCGAUGCUACUGUGAGCACAAACAUUUUGGUGAACAAUUCAGGCGGCUGUUCCUACAUCCCACCAGGGAUCUUCAAGAGCACCUGCUACAUCGACGUGCGCUGGUUUCCCUUUGAUGAGCAGAGAUGCGACCUGAAGUUUGGCUCCUGGACGUACGGGGGCUACUCUCUGGACUUAAAGAUGAUAGAGGCUGAUAUUAGCAACUACGUCUCUAACGGAGAGUGGGAUCUUGUCGGAGUUCCAGGAAAGAAGAACGAGCGUACGUACGAGUGCUGCGAGGAGCCGUACCCUGACGUCACCUUCACCGUGGUCAUGAGGAGGCGAACUCUCUACUACGGCCUCAACCUGCUGAUCCCCUGCGUCCUGAUCUCCACUCUGGCCCUGCUCGUCUUCCUCCUGCCCGCUGACUCUGGAGAGAAGAUCUCAUUGGGCAUCACCGUCCUGCUCUCCCUCACCGUCUUCAUGCUGCUCGUUGCAGAGAUUAUGCCUCCCACAUCAGACUCGGUGCCUUUGAUAGCUGAGUACUUUGCCAUCACCAUGGUCAUUGUUGGCCUCUCAGUGAUUGCUACAGUUAUAGUUUUACAAUAUCACCACCAUGACCCCAAUGGAGGCAAGAUGCCAAAGUGGACCCGUGUUUUCCUACUGAAUUGGUGCGCCUGGUUCCUGCGUAUGAAGCGUCCAGGUGAAGGGCGGGUGCGUCCAGCCUGUCACAACAAGGGUCCACGGAGCAGCCUGACCAGCAUGGAGCUCAACGCCAGCGCCUCAGCCUCCCAAUCCACCAACGGCAACAUGCUCUAUGUCGGUGUCCGAGGCCUGGAGAGCAUUCCCUACUCCACAGCCGCCACCUCGCCUGACUCCGGGGUCCUCUGUGGACGGCUGGUUGCUCGGGCAGGUGAAGAGGAGUUGCUCCUCCCCACAGCUCACGUCUCCUCGUUGGGCAGCCUGGAACCAGAGUUGGCCAAGAUCCUGGACGAGGUGCGCUUCAUUGCCAAACGCUUCCGUGCCCAGGAUGAGGACGAGUCCACGUGCAACGAGUGGAAAUUUGCUGCAGCUGUUAUCGACAGGCUUUGUCUCAUGGCUUUCUCGCUCUUCACUAUCCUCUGCACCAUCUCAAUCCUUAUGUCAGCACCCAACUUUGUCGAGGCCAUUUCCAAAGAUUUUUUCAAUUGA